GGCGGAGGCUACGUGAAGAGAGGCGCGGCGUGCCUGAGCUACGGUUCUGGCUGUGUCCUAGAGGCAUCCAGGGUAGUAAAACAGCUGCGAUCGCGGAGGCUGCGGCCAGGCCGAGAGGCAGGCGGAGCAGGGGUGGCGGACGUAGGGCGCUGGGCCGGGUUUCGGCCUUGGCCACAGCUUUUUUUCUCAAGGUGCAAUGAAAGCCUUCCACACUUUCUGUGUUGUCCUUCUGGUGUUUGGGAGUGUCUCUGAAGCCAAGUUUGAUGAUUUUGAGGAUGAGGAGGACAUAGUAGAGUAUGAUGAUAAUGACUUCGCUGAAUUUGAGGAUGUCAUGGAAGACUCUGUUACUGAAUCUCCUCAACGGGUCAUAACCACUGAAGAUGAUGAAGAUGAGACCACUGUGGAGUUGGAAGGGCAGGAUGAAAACCAAGAAGGAGAUUUUGAAGAUGCAGAUACCCAGGAGGGAGAUACCGAGAGUGAACCAUAUGAUGAUGAAGAAUUUGAAGGUUAUGAAGACAAACCAGAUACUUCUUCUAGCAAAAAUAAAGACCCAAUAACAAUUGUUGAUGUUCCUGCACACCUCCAGAACAGCUGGGAGAGUUAUUAUCUAGAAAUUUUGAUGGUGACUGGUCUACUUGCUUAUAUCAUGAAUUACAUCAUUGGGAAGAAUAAAAACAGUCGCCUUGCACAGGCCUGGUUUAACACUCAUAGGGAGCUUUUGGAGAGCAACUUUACUUUAGUAGGGGAUGAUGGAACUAACAAAGAAGCCACAAGCACAGGAAAACUGAACCAGGAGAAUGAGCACAUCUAUAACCUAUGGUGUUCUGGUCGAGUGUGCUGUGAGGGCAUGCUUAUCCAGCUGAGGUUCCUCAAGAGACAAGACUUACUGAAUGUCCUGGCCCGGAUGAUGAGACCAGUGAGUGAUCAAGUGCAAAUAAAAGUAACCAUGAAUGAUGAAGACAUGGAUACCUACGUAUUUGCUGUUGGCACACGGAAAGCCUUGGUGCGACUACAGAAAGAGAUGCAGGAUUUGAGUGAGUUUUGUAGUGAUAAACCUAAGUCUGGAGCAAAAUAUGGACUGCCAGACUCUUUGGCCAUCCUGUCAGAGAUGGGAGAAGUCACAGACGGAAUGAUGGAUACAAAGAUGGUUCACUUUCUUACACACUAUGCUGACAAGAUUGAAUCCGUUCAUUUUUCAGACCAGUUUUCUGGUCCAAAAAUUAUGCAAGAGGAAGGUCAGCCUUUAAAGCUACCUGACACUAAGAGGACACUAUUGUUUACAUUUAAUGUGCCUGGCUCAGGUAACACUUACCCAAAGGAUAUGGAGGCACUGCUACCCUUGAUGAACAUGGUGAUUUAUUCUAUUGAUAAAGCCAAAAAGUUCCGACUCAACAGAGAAGGCAAACAAAAAGCAGAUAAGAACCGUGCCCGAGUAGAAGAGAACUUCUUGAAACUGACACAUGUGCAAAGACAGGAAGCAGCACAGUCUCGGCGGGAGGAGAAAAAAAGAGCAGAGAAGGAGCGAAUCAUGAAUGAGGAAGAUCCUGAGAAACAGCGCAGGCUGGAGGAAGCUGCAUUGAGGCGUGAGCAAAAGAAGUUGGAAAAGAAGCAAAUGAAAAUGAAACAAAUCAAAGUGAAAGCCAUGUAAAGCCAUCCCAGAGAUUUGAGUUCUGAUGCCACCUGUAAGCUCUGAAUUCAUAGGAAACAUGAAAAACGCUAGUCCAUUUCUCAACCUUAAAUUUCAGACAGUUUUGGGCAACUGAGAAAUCCUUAUUUCAUCAUCUACUCUGUUUGGGGUUUGGAGUUUUACAGAGGUUGUAGAUAACCUUGAAAGGGCUCUGUUUCAAGAAUUUGUUUUCCAGAUAAUCACAUUAUUUUGAUUAUUUUAUAAAAGGAAUGAUCUAUGAAAUGUGUGUUUUUAAGUAUUUUAAAAAUUAUAAUACGAAUCAUCAGUGCUUUUAGUACUUAAGCGUUUGAAGAAAUACCAUGAAAUUUAUAGGUAGAUAACCAGAUUGUUGCUUUUUGUUUAAACCAAGCAGUUGAAAUGGCUAUAAAGACUGACUCUAAAACAAGAUUCUGCAAAUAAUGAUUGGAAUUGCACAAUAAACAUUGCUUGAUGUUUUCUUGUAUGUCUACAUUAAACUUGAGAAAAAGUAAAAAUUAGAACACUGUAUGUGGUAAUGAAAUUUCAGGAACCCAGAACAUAAUGUAGUGUAUGUUUUUAGGUGGGAGAUGCUGAUAACAGAAUUAAUAGGAAGUCCGUAGGCAGUAGGAUACUGACACGUACAUGGAAAAUUCCAGGGACAGGAGCAUCGUUUUUUCCUUACCUGAUACCACAAACCAGUGACAACGUGAAUGCUGUAUUUUAAGUGGUUGUAUGUUUAUUUUUUUGAGUAACAAAUGCAUGAAAAAUUAAUGCUUCACCUAGGUAAGAUCAUUGGUCUACGUGAAGUCACAAAUGUUUUUUCCUUCUUGGUUGCUGCAGCCUGGUGGAUGUUCAUGGAGAAGCUCUGUUCUCUGUAUUAUGGCUGUGUGCCUUUGCUUCUCCCUCUGCUUUUAUUUUUUCCAUAGUUGAGGCUGGGUAUGUUCUUUCAAAGAAAUAGCCAUGAAUAUGUAUAAGUAUACUUUUGAAAAUGAGCUUUCCUAAACUAUUGAGAGUUCUUCCUGCCUCUUGCCGAAGCAACUCUUGGAGGAGAGGCCCAUGUAUCUGCACGAGCACUUCGCUUGUUCAGAUGUCUGCAUUUUAUAAAUGCUUCUAACUAAGAAAGCAUUUUUUAGGUCAUUGCUUGUACCAGGUAAUUUUUGCCGGGGAUGGGUAAGGGUUGG